AUGGAAAUCUCACAGCACACAUGGCGCGCCCUGGGCAUGUCCGUCUCGGGCGGCUACUGUCUCCUCGGCGCCCUCGGCAUCCUCUUCCCACACGCCGCUGCCGUCCUCCUGGUCGGCCCCGUCCCGCAAGCUGCUGGCACACCACGACCGAUCCCGUCCCCCGCCGAGCGUGCAGCGUUCAUCAGGGCCGACCGGGCCAACGACAAUUUCAUUCCCAACGUCAUGCCCCUCCUCGGCGCGCGCGAUCUCAGCAUUGGGCUCGCGCUCGCGCUGUUGGGGCGCGCCGACCGAUGGCGCGAAGUCGGCAUCGUCACGCUGGCGGGUCUCGUGCUGUGUGCAGCGGAUGUGGUGACAGUCUACAAGCGCCGUGGAGCUGCCUGGGGUCUGCUACUCGCUGCCGGCGCGGCAUUUUGGGCGUUCAUUGGAUACGGCCUUCUUUCGUACUGA